GAAUUGCAGCCCUGCUGCUCUGAUGUCACACACUACGGUCCUCCCUUUUGUAGGGGAGCAGCAGCAGCAGCAGUCGCAGAGCAGAAUCCUCCGCCUGAACACGGGGAAUGACUUGUGUCUGAUUUCCCCUGAUCUCUGGAUUCGCUGCUCAGGACUGACACUUUCUAAGGGCUUAUAGACAGAUCAGCAGCGGGCAAUUAAAACAAUCAUGUCUGACGAUUUCGGCUUCUUUGAAACUGGAGCCGCAGGGGAGACGGAAGAGGAUCCAGCCGCUGCUUUCCUGGCCCAACAGGAGAGUGAAAUUGCUGGAAUAGAGAAUGACGAAGGCUUUGGGGUAGUGCAAGGGGACAGCCCCGAAGAGGAGCCCGAAAUGGUGGAUUUCAAUGACUUUGGGACCAUCCCAAUGAAUGGAGAACUUUACCAGGAGACUUCUGAUUAUUCUGAUGGAUAUGCAGCAAUAGCACAGGCUGAUCGAUUGACCCAGGAGCCAGAAAGCCUAAGGAAAUGGAGAGAGGAGCAGAAAACACGCUUAGAGGAGCUGGAUGCAGCCUCAAAAGUAACGGAGCAGGAGUGGCGAGAAAAAGCCAAAAAAGAUUUAGAUGAGUGGUAUCAGAGACAAAGUGAACAGAUAGAGAAAAACAAAGUAUCAAACAGGAUUGCGGACAAAGCAUUUUACCAGCAGCCUAACGCUGAAGUUAUUGGUUACGUAGCAUCGGAUGAAGCCAUGGCAUCAGAUACAAAGGAAGAAGAAACUGGCACAGAAUGGGAGAGAGUUGCCCGCCUUUGUGACUUCAAUCCUAAGAGCAGCAAACAGUCAAAAGAUGUAUCUCGCCUACGAUCAGUCUUAAUCUCCUUAAAGCAGACACCUCUAUCACGCUAGCUUUGCCUCUCCUUUACGCCUCACUCCCCUGCUUUACAUGAUACCAAAGAAACCAUACCUUGAAGGCCCAGGGCAAUUAACAGUAUAUUACACCUACUGUUGAACAGGCCGUUUAUUUUUCCCCACAGUGCAGAAAUCUACUAAAAUAGAAACUAGUUCCAAAAUGUCCUUAUUUUAGGUUGUUUUCAUAUAAAAAAAGGCAUAUGUUGAAUAAGAAUCUUAGGUUAGAGUACCUAGAGAACCUUAAGUUUUCCCUGAGAACCUGAAAAGGUUGCUUGUUUUUAGUGGUGUAUACAGCACAACAGGGGUUGCCUGAAUGAAGAUGAAACUAGUGUAUAAAGUGUAAAUCAUCCCAUAGGUGUCUUGACAGGUAGAGAUUGCAUGUUAAGAAGGUUCAUUUCAUAGCAGAGGAUUCUACACAUAUGUACUUGCACCUUUAAGCUUUUUCCAGCAACACAGGUUCAAUCAUUUUUGUAGCCAUUAUGUCUUAACCGCCAGCAAUAGAUUCGUUAUGUACAGUUUCAAUCAUCAAUAACAAGAGACACUAAACUUUCCCUGAGAUUGGCAAGUCAAAAUACAAGGACUGGUUGUAGGCAGUAAGCCAUAACGAUUAAAGGGGGUGUAAAGUGCAUAUAUAGAUUAUUGGCACUAAAUUAAACAACUUUGUUAUGUUAUAUGUUAAUAUGUCUGUUUAAAAGCUUUGUACUGUUUUGAGAUACAAGUGAUCGUUUCUGCAGCUUUCUCUCCUCUCCCUUGAUCACGUUCCCUCUUGAAGUUAAGCAGCGGCUUGCUGUCCAGCUCUUAAGUGAUUUAUGGGCUGCCCCUCCGAAGCUUAACUGCUCAUAACUACUUAUAGGGGUCAAGGGUGGCCUUACCCUCACAUAUAUAUACUUGGUGAGGAACUGCUGCCCCUAAGAACACCAGGGAGUAGGACGGUCAGUGGGUGUUGAACUUCAAGGGGGAUCACAAUCAAGGGAGAGUAGAGAAAGCUGCAGGAACGAUCGCUUGUAUCUCAAAGUAGGUACGAACGUUUUAACAGACAUAUAAUGCAAAAUUGUUUAAUUUAGUGUUAAAAAUCUAUACACGCAUUUUAAAAAUGACUUUACAUCCCCUUUAAAUGACAUGUAAACCCCACACAAAAAAUGUAUACAGUGAACAGUCUCUUUAACAUCUUUUAAUACCUGCUACUCUGGUUGUUUAAAGGUUAAUAGUAAGGUUGCAGCUUCCCCCUGUAACCCACUCGGCUCCUCUCUCAGGAAUUUAGUUUGGCUGUAGGCUACUGAGCAUGCUCAGUUUUAAACAUUACUAAACACGCUCUCCAAUCUAGCCGCCAAUGAAGAAAUAGUGUUGCUGGUUUUCAUAGAAACUCUUCUCUAGCUUUCUGCUUCUAUUUUUUUUUCCUAACCUCCUGUCCUGAGCUCAGUUUAAGCAUUACAAUGCUCAAUCCAAGCAGGGCUUUUUAUUAAAGUAAGUUCUGCCUGUGUAAGCCUGCAUUUUUUUUAUUAAAUUUACACUGAAUUUUGUGCACAUGUGCUGUUUGCAGAAGUAAAUGUCACUGAUGAUGUGUCAGAGGGAAAAUGGCUGCCAGUUGAAUGCUGCUAUUUGUUUAAGGAAAAUGCAAUGGUGCUGGUGAACUGAGGGGAUAUAUGCAGUACAAAUGAUGCAGUUCAGGUGGGAGAAAAGUGCACAACUUAUACAUGCUAGGAAAAUUUUAGGGUUUGCAUGCUGUUUAAAAUCUGUACUCAUCAAGCACUACCAACCAUUUAAAUUCCAUCAUCAAUAAGUCAUUAAACAGUUUCUAGAAAUAAUAAGGCCUCUUCCAUAAGAUACCAUGUUCAAAUUUAGGGGAUCUGGAACAGUUAAUAAAUAAGUUUGGACUGUUAAUAAUUUCAAAAGACUCUACAAAUGGGGCAUUUUGCAUCAGUGUUUGGUAAGCGUAUUCUGUUUGUAUUGCUUAUUCACCUGAGUGUUGUGUUUUAAAUGACAGGGGGUGGGAUGUUUUUAUUAUGUCUAAGUAUUGCAUUCUAAAAUAAAGAUAAGAUUGGUGAUAGAAAUAAUUUAUUGCUGUAGUGUAGUUGUAAUUAUUUUUGUGUCUUUCAUAAUAUAAUACAACAUCCUUUUCCAUACAAUAGAGCAAUAACACAGGAAGCCCACCGCAACGCAUCUCUCAGAAUUCAUUUAAAGCCACAUUCUGUUCUCAUGAUCAUAAUGGAGUACUUUUAUAAAUUUGUUGUGAACUUGUAUUUGUCCUGUGUGUAUAGCAAGAUGGCUUUUCACUUUAUAUUUUUCUGUACCUAUGUUAUUAAGGGAAUGGAGGGGCUCCUGAAUAAAUGUUUGACCACAAAUGCGGGAAUGAACCCAGAAAAUCAGGGACGCAGGCACUGUCAUGGGACUAUUUAUCUAGGGGUCGGCAAGUUAAUUUUUUCUUAGCUUUGUGAAUAAAUAUGUGUUGCCCCAUUGUAGAGGUAGAUGCCUGACACUGUAGACCAGACUAAGCCAAUGAAACUGGUAAAGAAAUCCAGACUUGCUUCAAAUCUACUGAGUUACCGUCAAGGAUUUUGAAAAAUACAAGUGUACUUUAAAUAUACUCCAAAAAGAAUCAAGGGAAUUGGGCCAUGGCACAUAUUUGUUGCCUGCAGUUAAAUCUGCUCUGGCAACAAAUCUCCAGGAAAUGACUUGCCAUAGCAUAACAUUGGGAUUACUGUAAAACAUUACUUACAGUGAUCUGUCUUAGGAAAAUGCGAAGGGAGGCAAUAUAAUCUUGUUAUAAUCAGUAUAAUCUAAAAUAAAAUGCUUAUUUGUGUAAACAAGUAAAUAUAUGCAAACUGUGAGCAUUUAUUAAGCACCCUGUUAUUAAAUAGCACAUAAAUGGAGACCAACACAGAUAUUUGCUUUCAGUAGUUUCAUGAUGAUUCCAUUCAGUACAUAAAUGAUGUAUCUGUAUAUUAUUUACUGGGUUUUUGGGGGUGUAAAGAUUUUGGUAGGUCUGUCCUUGUUUCCCUCAAUCUCUCGCUUAAUUUAUGAAAUCCAUAAUGAGAAAUGUGUUGUAAUAGGAAUGUAAACAACCCCAAUGUGCUAUUAAUUGAUUAAUGUUGUCUGCUUACUCUGUGUCACAUCAAUAAAAUGCCAAUAAGUCUG